CGUGGAGGGGCUGCGGGAGCGCGUGCGCGAGGCCGGAACGCCGCGGGCGGCGCUGGGCUGCUGCGGGGGUCGCGGUGCCCAGGUGAGCGGCGCGCGGGCGACCCUUUCUCCCCUCGCAGAGCCCCCGCCCCCCGUUCGGAAUCCGUUUUCCUCUCCGGAGCCCAGGCCUCGGCGAGCACGCAGAGUCGAUAUAUGUUUGCCGUCAUGGAUCAGUUUGGAGAUAUAUCAGAAGGUGAAGUGGACCAUUCUUUCUUUGACAGUGACUUUGAAGAAGCAAAGAAAUGUGAAAGUAACUCAGUUUUUGACAAGCAAAAUGAAGACGCUGAAGAGAGAAUAGAUAAAGAUAUGGAAAAUGUAAACUUGAAAUUUGGAAUACAAAGAAGGAAAAAUGAUCUUACUGAGAAGGGAACUGAAAGAAAUGAGAAAAUUCCUCCAGAAGAACACCCCACAGAAAAUGAUGAUAUACAAGCUAGGAAUUCUUUGUCCGUGACCACUUCUUCAAGAUCAAAAUUGUGUGAUGCUACAGUAGAACAUAAAAUACACUUGCCCAUCCCAAGUUGCAUUCCCAAAAUUGUAAAAGAAGGCGAACGUGAUUACUAUACAGAUGGAGAGGAAAGCAGUGAUGAUGAGAAAAAGCAUCAGGUCAGGUCAAAGUCAGCUAAACCAUCUAAUAGCUUCAAGAAAAGCGUAAGUAAAAAGUAUUCCAGAAGUAAUUCCUCUUCCUCCUCUUCCUCUCUGUCCUCCUCGUCUUCAAGUUCCGAUACAGACUGUUCAAAUACCGGGUCUGAUGUCUGUUUAUCUGAUUCAUCUCCAUCAUUAAAGAAGCGUCUGUCUGGUGUAACGCACUUGCCACCAAAACAGAAAUAUAAACUGGGAGAAAAAUCAACAGGAGCACCAACUUCAAGUACUAAACCAAAAGUCAGUGACUACACCGAGGAAUCUGAAGACACCGUGACAGACGUCACUCCUUUAUCGACUCCGGACAUCAGCCCUGUUCAGUCUUUUGAACUGGGUGCAUCAAACGAUCAGAAAACGAAAGUUAAAAGGCAAGAGAACGUGAGUCAAGAACUAUAUGAAAACGUUGAGGAUUUUAAAACUAAUUCAAAAUCUUUGAAAUCAGCUAAAAAAGGGAAAGAAAAACAUGAGCCCAGUCUUGCCUCAAUGUCGGCAGUGUUGGAUUCCACUUUAGACCACAGAUACAAGCAAAAAGUCCUACAUGACACAAUGGACCUGAAUCAUCUUUUAAAAGCUUUUCUUCAAUUAGAUAAAAAGGGACCACAAAAACAUCACUUUGAUCAGCCUUCAGUAGCACCUAGGAAAAACUACUCUUUCACAAGAGAGGAGGUGAGACAGAUUGAUCGGGAAAAUCAGAGGCUUUUGAAAGAACUGUCGAGACAGGCUGAAAAACCAGGAAGCAAAAGUACGACUCCAAGAAGAUCGACUGUUCCUCCCCCUAAGUUAUAUCAUAGUGCUCUCAACAGACAGAGGGAACAACAGAGGAUUGAAAGAGAAAAUUUGGCUUUAUUGAAACGGCUUGAAGCUGUGAAACCAACAGUUGGUAUGAAACGCUCAGAACAGCUGAUGGACUAUCACCGCAACAUGGGCCAUCUCAGCUCCUCCUCGACCUCCAGACGGGUGAGGUCCACUCUUGGCCAGUACAGCCCAUUGCGAGGAGCUUCCAGGACAUCCAGUGCUACCAGUGGUCUCAGUUGUAAGAGUGAGCAAUCGGCUUUUGACACAUCCAGUGGCCUGUUGCUAAGACCUAAGCCCCCUAAUGUCCGUACAGCUUGGUUAUAAAAACUCUUUUUACUUUAAACAUUGAUCAUCAAAUUCUUAUUGAAGUGCUUUUCUGUAUUACUAUCAUUCUCUGUAUAAACAUCUAAAUACUGCUUUAAGCAAUUUAAGGUGUACAGCAGUGACUUGUAAUUUAUUGUAAUUCGAUGCAAAAUUGUUUUGAAAGAGACAAUUUAAUAUAAAAUCAGUGUUUCCUGUGAGGAGGAGUUUAUAUGAGACUUGUAUGUAUUUUACAGAGAAAUGGUAGUAUGCCGGUGUAUUUUCUCAACAUAGAAAUUGGUUCAGCUGUCAGACUGACGAAACAGUUGUGAUAGCGUCGCUGAACGUUGGACCCAAGAUGUUAGCUAUAUAGUUCUUGUUUGAUGUGUUGUGUUUUUCAUUUCUUGUAAGCUUUAUACCAUGAGCAUAGCUCCUGACUGACUUUGUUUGCGCUUUGCUUCAGAACUUGGGCAGUGUGACUUACAACUUAAUUGUAAGACAGUUAUUAUGAAACAGAUCUUGAAAUGUGUUGUCACUGGUGGAGCUGGUUUAGAUUUGAUGAGCAGACUGAGCGAAGCUUGAACUGGGGCGACGCUUGUGACUCACCAGAGGUACCUACUGCUUCUGUGGAGGGAAACUGAGCUAGAUCUCAAACACGUUCUCAACCCUUCUGAGCCAUUUCAAACUGUGAGUAUUAGAAGGCUCAGCUUAGAGGCUCCUCUUUCAUGCUUUUCUAUAUUCAGGGAAAGUAGUUAAUGAUUCCGAGAAAUUCGGUUUCUUUAGAGCUACUGCAUGGUGAAUAGUUUGUCCAGGGACCAGAUCAUCAUAAGCAAAAGCAAGUAUCUGUUGAAUCAGCAAAAUAGCACCACAAGUUUGAAGAGCCAAGAAGCAGAUCCUGAGUUGUGCCAGGACAGCGUUUUAAGUGAUGCUGUUAAUGAGUUGUGUUAUACUUCGAGUUUAUUGUUUUAAGUGAGAAGAAAAGAAAGAAAUGCAAUGUCUCGCAGCUUUAGAAAUUCCAACUAGUGUUCUUAAGGGCUGAAAAAGAGAACUAAAAAGAUGAAUGAUAAAGGGG